AUGAUUCUUGCUGCAAAUCGUAUUGAUAAUGAUGGAGAUAAAAAAGAUUUAUUUUUAUGGUCUGUUGGUGACAAUACAUAUAAUUUACUUGAAUCAUUAGUUUCAUCACAAUCAUUAACUAGUGAUGCUACCAAAUUCACUGAUUUAAUUAAAUUAUUAGAUGUUCUUUAUGAUGCAACAAAAACCAUUAUGACAUCAACAUAUGAUUUUUAUUCAUGUUAUCAAAAAUCAGGACAAGCAUUUGCUGAAUGGAAAGCUCAAUUAUGUGAAAAACUUCGACAUUGCGGUUUUACUACAUCUGCUUUAAAAAAUAAACCACAAGAUCCUGCACUUCAUGACAUGUAUGUUAUUGAAAUUAAAAGUCAAAAAAUUCGUCAAGCAUUACUGAAGGAACAAGAUCCUGAUUUAGAAAUAACAGAAAAAAUUAUUCAAUUAGCUGAACGAUUAGAAGAAGGUGUUCUUCAUUUCGGUAAUCCAAUUAAUCUUGCUGAUUAUACAGUCGCGAAGCUUCACAGCCAUCAACCAAAACAAUACAAACAACAACAACGUAAUUCAUUCACAAAAAAUGAAUAUAAACUAUGUCAAACAUGUGAAAAAGCAUGUCGACAAAAGAAAAAUGAAAAUAUUUCGACAAAACAUAUUACGACAAUUUAUAAAGUCAACUUUUCCAAUCAACCAAAACAAUCAAUUACACAUUCAUCUACAGUUUCAUUAAAAAUUAAUGAUUAUGAUUUUACCUUUGAACUUGAUACUGGAACAUUUAAUACAAUUAUUAGUAUGGAAGAUUGGUAUAAAAUUGGUUCACCUAUUAUUAGUCCAUCUAAUUUACAAUUAAAAUGUCACAGUGGUAAUUUUCUCAAAACUAAAGGUGAAUGUAAUGUUUAA